AUGGAUCCCCUAAUCCCACCACUACGAUUUCAUGUCGUCCAACCUGACCUCUACUGCGGCUCAUAUCCACGGCCUCGCAACCGCCGCUUUCUUGAGGGUCUCGGGCUGACUGCCAUUUUGUCCGUGACGCCGACACCGCUUGGCACAGACCCGGACGAGGACGCGUGGCUCGUAGAGUUUGCACGCGAAAACAACAUCCAGUUAAUCCACAUUCCGAGUGCGCCAGCGUCGUCCAAGUCUAAGAAAAAGCGCGGAGUCCCGCUGGAGUAUGAUGUUGCCAGAAAGGCUCUCCAAGUAAUGAUUGACCAAACAUCAGCCCCCCUCUAUGUUCAUUGCAUGAACGGGUCUCAGGUCUCGUGUCUCCUGGUAGCGUGUCUGCGGAAAUUGUCCUUCUGGUCCAUGGCUGCCAUUUCGGAUGAAUUCCUGAGGUACUGCGACAUGGAGCCUGCAGAUGCCAACUUUGUGGAAGGCUUUCGAGCGGAGAUUAGUGUUCCGGAGGAAAAAGUCCCAUGGAUCUGGCAGGGGCUUUCAAAAACAGGGGUAGUCAGGCAUCAUCCUACUCUAAAAUUUAAUGACAUGGCAUGA